UCUCCGAGUCUCGCACUUGCUCUGCCUUUCACCGUUUCGCGUUGCGAAACUGUCUCUCUCUCUCUCUCUCUCUCUCUCUCUCUCUCUCUCUCUCUUGUAAUCGCGAGUUCGUCGCACGAAAUCUCUGGAUUUAGCCAAGCCAAUCUCCUUUUCCUUCGAUCCCAAUUUGCCCUAAUUUAUAUCUCGCGGUUCGACGAUAAAUCGGUUUCCCAAAUCUUUUUUCUUUUGUUUUUCCAGCCAAGCCCUAGACUUACGACCCUUUACCAAAUUCCGAUAAUGGGUCCGCGAUUUCCCUCGGUUAAUCGAAGAUCUGGGACCUGAUCUGGGGCUUUAUUCGGCUCGAAUUUCGCGAAUCUAGGGUUUCUCUGUUGAAUUCGACUCCGAAUUGAUGUUUCUUUUCAAGGACGUGGUUGCGAUCGAUUCAGAAAUCAAGGAAGAUGGAGGGCUAUGCAUGGGUCGGGAGGUGAGAAGUGGAAACGGAGUCGGCACAUGUGGCCGGUCCCUAAUUCGACCGCGACGACUGUAGUUGUGAACGAUUCAAACACUCUCGAUUUCUUCUGCAAAGAUGGACGCAAAAUUCGAGUUGGUGAUUGUGCACUUUUCAAGCCACCUCAGGAGUCUCCACCUUUCAUCGGAAUAAUUCGUAGGCUGACAUUAGACAAGGAGGACACCCUCAGUUUAGGUGUAAAUUGGCUUUAUCGACCUGCUGAUAUAAGACUUGCAAAAGGGAUCUUGCUAGAAGCUGCCCCAAACGAGGUCUUUUAUUCCUUUCACAAGGAUGAGAUUCCCGCUGCAUCAUUACUCCAUCCCUGUAAAGUCGCAUUUCUUCGUAAAGGUGUUGAACUUCCUCCAGGGAUAUCCUCAUUUGUAUGCAGACGAGUGUAUGAUAUUGAGAACAAGUGUUUAUGGUGGUUAACUGACAAAGAUUAUAUUAAUGAACGACAAGAAGAAGUAGAUCAUCUAUUAGACAAGACAAGACUAGAAAUGCAUGGGGCAGUGCAGUCAGGAGGCCGUUCUCCAAAACCCUUGAAUGGUCCGUCGUCAGCACCGCAAUUGAAAUCUGGCUCUGAUAGUAUACAAAAUAGCACAUCCUCUUUUUCUUCGCAGGCUAAGGGAAAGAAGAGGGAACGGGGUGACCAGGUCUCUGAUUCCGCUAAACGUGAGCGUUUAUCUAAGACGGAGGAUGGCGAUUCAGGUCAAUUCAGGCCUGAAAAUAUGUUAAAGUCUGAAAUUGCCAAAAUAACUGACAAAGGAGCGCUUGUGGACUUUGCUGGGGUUGAGAAGUUAGUCCAGCUCAUGCAACCUGACAGUGCCGAUAAGAAGUUAGAUUUGGCUGGCAGAAUAAUGCUUGUUGAUGUAAUAGCAGUCACUGACAGAUAUGAUUGUCUUGGACGAUUUGUUCAUCUUAGGGGUUUACCUGUACUGGAUGAAUGGCUUCAAGAAGUCCAUAAGGGGAGGAUUGGUGAGGGCAGCAGCCCCAAAGAAAGUGAUAAAUCUGUUGAGGAAUUUCUUUUAGCAUUACUUCGUGCACUUGAUAAGCUGCCUGUAAAUCUUCAUGCCCUUCAGACUUGUAACGUGGGCAAGUCUGUCAACAACUUGCGCAGUCACAAAAAUUCUGAAAUUCAAAAGAAGGCUAGAACUUUGGUGGACACAUGGAAGAGACGCGUUGAAGCUGAGAUGAAUAUGAAUGAUGCAAAAUCUGGAGCAGGUCGUGGUGUUUCAUGGCCUAACAAGCCUGCUUCUUCUGAAGUUUCUCAUGUUGGGAGCAGACGAGUGGGAAAUUCUGCUGAGGUUGGCUCGAAGAGCUCCAUUGUACAACCUUCUGUCUCUAAAACUCAAGUUAAGCCUGGUACUGGGGACGCUGUUUCCAAAUCAUCUGCAUCUCCUGGUUCUACUAAACCGGUGAAUGCAUCAGUGGGUAGCCCGAAGGAUCAAAACUUCAGAAUGUUAGUUGGUGCCGGUUCCUCAGAACUUCCUUUGACACCAAUUAAGGAGGAAAAAAGUAGCAGUUCUAGUCAGUCCCAGAACAAUAGCCAGUCGAGUGAUCAUGCAAGGAGCUCAACUGCGGGUUCUGUGAGUGCGAAUAGAGUCUCUAGCAGUGCUUCACGUCAUCGGAAGUCGAGCAAUGGCGUUCAGGGGUCGUCUAUCUCAGGAGCUCAGAAGGAAAGUGGGCCUGGAAAAGUUAGUACGCCAAGUAGAAGUCUAAAUUCCGAAAAACCAUCAAUUACUGGAGUAUCCCAUGAGAAACUUGCUGAUGACCAUGGAAGUAGUCGACUUAUCGUAAGGUUGCCAAACACUGGUCGGAGCCCUGCAAGAGGUGCCUCUGGAAGCUCUUCUGAAGAUCCUGUUGCUACUUCAGGUAGAGCUUCUUCGCCUGCAGAAAAGCAUGAUAACCAUGAUAAAAGAACGAAAGGCAGAAAUGAUGCUGUUCGUACUAAUGUUUCAUCAGAUGUGAACUCAGAUUUAUGUCAGGGCAGGGAUGGUGGGAUUGAAGAGGGUAAUGUGCUCCCUGCUUGUGGAGAUCAACAAAGGGCUGGUGAAGAUGGUGAAAAACCAACAGAAGCACCUAAAGUGGCGGGUUCUUUUUCGAAAAUGAUGUCCAGAUCAGGGAAAUCAUACGAGGCGUCUUUAAGCUCGAUAAAUGCUCUUAUUGAAAGCUGUGCCAAGAUUUCUGAAGCUAGUGCUUCUGGUUCUCCAGUGGAUGACGUAGGGAUGAAUCUGCUUGCUAGUGUGGCUGCCGGAGAAAUGUGUAAAUCGGAUAACGUGUCACCAUCAGGUUCUCCUGCAAGAAAUCCAUCUACGCCUGAGGGAUCAACCUCAGGCAAUGAUGGCAAGUUGAAACAACUAACUGAAGAUGUUGCUCAAGGCCAAUGUCAGCCUAUUGGUGGGGCUAGUGGUAGUACUCUUUCGGAGCAUGGUAUUGCUAGUGAUCUGUCACAUGUCAAAAGCGAAUCAAGAAACCCUUUUAGUGGCGCACCAACUAAUGAUUCUGGUGACAGUAAGAGCGCUUCACCUGCUCUUGUGGAAAGAGCAGGGGAUUCUAGAGCGCCUUUGGAUGGUUCUUCGAGUUCACAACAGCAUGUAGAGACUCCAAUCGUUUCUGAUCUCAAACGUGGUGAUUCUGGGGAUGUUUCCGUAACCACAACUGCUAAUAAAGAAGGUUAUUCAGAUGCUGAGGGAGCUUACCAGUUUCAUGAGCAAAGAAAACUUGGGGUUCAUAGGACAAAAGGCAUCAAUAUGCCUGAUUCUAAAUUGAAAAUACCAAGUCCUUCAUCUGAUGAAGAUAAGAAAGUGGAUUACGCAGAUGAGCGAACAGUAGAGAACAGUGAACCAGUGGUAUCAGAAGCAGCCUCUGGGAGUGCAAAAGUCGAGAAGGAAAAUGAAAAAUCGACAUGCUCUUCUUCAGAAAUGGGUGGGGACGAUCAGAAUGCUAACAAGGAGUCAAGUAAUGACGUAGUAGCAGAUCAGAAGCCACCUCUUAUGGCAGUAAGUCACUCAGAGUCCAAGGAGGGGAAAACUGAGGAUCCUAUGGUACGCUCUGGUUCUGGAAAUACUUUGGACAUGGAAUGCAAGGUUGAAAAGGUUGAUGAUGCAAAGGCUGGAGGUCUAACUGAGCAGGCAGAUAGACAAACAGGGGAUUUCUGUUCUUCGGCUUCAGAUCAUGACAAUGAACGUGGUCGGGAGAACCUGGAAACAAAAGAUUCUAUUGCUCCUUCAGCUGGUCCAGCUCCCCACAUUGAGUUACCCACACCCACACUUACUGCGCAUGAAGAUGAACACUCAGAGAAAUCUAGCAGGCUUAAGAUGGAUGGUUUAGAAUCAGGCAAGACUGAGGAACAGCAAGUUUGCAAUACGAAUACAUCUGGGCCGGAUGCCACUGUGAAAUUGGACUUUGAUUUAAAUGAAGGUUUCCCUCCUGAUGAUGGGAGUCAAGGGGACCUUGUGAAAACAGGCGAUCCUGGAAGUUCAUCCGCUAUUCAUUUGCCGUGCCCUUUACCUUUUCAAAAUUCUUCUAUUUCUGGGGGCUUCCCUGCUUCAAUUACUGUGGCUGCACCUGCUAAAGGAGCAUUUAAUCCUCCAGAAAACUUAUUGCGCAGUAAAGUUGAACUUGGAUGGAAAGGUUCGGCAGCCACCAGUGCAUUUAGGCCGGCGGAACCCAGAAAGAACUGUGAUAUAGGUGAUUCCACUGUUAGCAAAAAUGUUCGUACUCCUUUGGACUUUGACCUGAAUGUUGCAGAUGAAAGAGCUUUAGAGGAUGAGUCCGGGCCUCCUGAUCGUGGUGCUGGUGCUGGAGGACUUGAUCUUGACUUGAAUAGAGUUGAUGAGAAUCCUGACGUCGGGCCUUUCUCUGCUAGCAACAAUUCGAGGUUGGAAAUUGCUUCUUUGCCAACUAGAUCAUCACUAUCUAGUGGUUUGUCUAACGGUGGAGGUAACGUUUCUAGAGACUUUGAUUUAAACAAUGGGCCUGGCCUUGAUGAAGUUGGCACUGAAGCAGCACCUCGCGUCCAGCCUAUCAAAAGCAACAUGCCAAUGCCUCCAGCAGGACCUGUUCCUGGGAUAAGAAUGAACAAUCCGGAAUUUGGGAACUUCUCGUCAUGGUUCCCUCCUGGCAAUACAUUUUCAGCUAUCACCGUCCCACCGAUUUUUACAGCUAGGGGAGAGCAGAACUACGUUGCUCCAGCUGGUUCUCAGAGGGUCAUGUGUCCUCCUACCGCUAGCACCUCAUUUGGUCAUGAGAUUUACAGGGGACCAGUGCUCUCGUCCUCUCCUGCAGUGGCAUUUCCACCAGCUUCCCAAAUUCCAUAUCCCGGAUUCCCUUUUGAAACCAGUUUUCCUCUGUCUUCAAACUCCUUUUCUGGCUCACCAGCAUAUAUGGAUUCUACUGGUGGGGCAGUAUGUUUCCCAAACAUUCCCUCAUCUCUGGUCGGGCCUGCGGGUAUGGUAUCUUCACCUUACCCUCGUCCCUUUGUGAUGAACCUUCCAGGGGGUGCCAGUAACAUCGGUCCUGAUGGUAGGAAAUGGGGAAGUCAGGGUUUGGACCUUAAUGCAGGUCCGGGGGGGAUAGAUACAGAGCGGAGAGAUGAGAGAUUGCCUUCAGGGUUGAGGCAGCUUUCUGUUCCCAGUUCACAAGCCAUUGUAGAGGAGCAGAUAAAGAGGUAUCAGGUUGGAGGUGUAUUGAAGAGAAAGGAGCCCGAUGGUGGACUUGAUGCGGUAGAUAGAAUCAGCUACAAGCAACCUUCAUGGCAGUAGGAUUGUGGUUCAAUGAUUACAACCGCAGAACAUCUUGAGGCCUGCUCUUCGAGAUGAUUGUAUUGUCAGAAGCACUCGGAUAUGUUUAAUUUAACGAUCAGAGAAUUUGGAGGCGAGGCCUGAGCGCUCAUUUCCCUGAACACUGCCAUACCACCUCUAACUUUGGAAAAUUGUUAGGGCCCUGGAAUCAGUCGUAUUAAAUCGAAUCUUUUCUGACAGAUUGGCCUCUGCAGAUAAGUUUCUCCCCUGUAGAUAUCUAACUCAAGAAAAACAUCUUGCUGUGCUGCCUAGAAACUAAGGAAUUUGGUGCGCUAUGUAAGGACAAUGCUCAUUCAGGUACAUGACAACCCCGAUCCUUACCCGGUUCAUUUUAUAGGAAAGGAUUGUAUGUAUGAACCGUCCGGGCUGAGGCCGGGCAUGUAUCUUCUGUCAAUUUUUUUUUCUUCCCCCUUCCAGUUACCAAAUAUAGUUAUUUACUUUAGUCAUGACUGCCGAAUUUUGUUACUUUAAUCAUUCUGGUUAUUGAUAUUUGCACAGGCUGCCGUGUAUUUUGUACGUUCCUUUUGUAUUAUAAGUUAUAGCCAGAAUCGGAACCUUUCUCGCAACUUAGAGGAAAUUUUGGACAGGCCUUUGCGUUUGGUGCAAUUUGA